GGUGGGCGUCCGCGACAAUCAGGGGCAGGUUUCUGCGGCGGACGCUGCUGCCCGCAGCUGUCGUGGGUGUCCUCGGCGGCGAGAACGUGUUUGAGCACAAUGUCAUCUGACGAGGACAAACGUGCAUUCCCGGUGACGCAGGGUAACUCGGACCCCGCCAGUUCUGUCUCCACAGACCUUCAGGAGGAAUACGAGGAGCUGCUGCGCUACACUCUAGUGAAUCCACAGGCCGACCCUGGUGUGUAUCCAUCGUCUCACCCUCGGGGGGAAGCGGUGCCUGACGCUAGAAUAUCUACAGCAGUUGGUAGCAUUCUUCAUCAUCAAGGAAACAAUCCUGUGAUCAGAGAAGUGGGAAUGGAUGUUGGAAAAGGAAGUGAUUUGAAUACUUCAGGUCAUUCGAAGACAGAUGGGUCAUCGCCCACACUGUCACCAAGGAAGCCUUCUCACCCGGUCAUGGACUUCUUCAGUUCCCAUCUGCUGGGCGACUCUUCCUCCCCAGGAACGACCUCCAGCCACACAAAUGCUCGUGACGGGGGUGUGGGCGAAUUCCUCAUCUCUGAAGAAAACCUGCAGACGGUGGAGAACGUCUUUGACCUCUGGAGCUCAGGCCUGAAGACAAAUAUCAUUUCUGAGCUAAGUAAAUGGAGACUUAACUUUAUUGACUGGCACCGAAUGGAAAUGAAAAAGGAGAAGGAAAGACAAGCAGCCCAUGUACAACAACUGAAUGACCAGAUCCGUGACUUGAAGGAGCUGCAGAAGGCCUUCGAGGUCUCCCUGGGGAGAAAAGAUGAGGUGAUUGCUAGCUUGUCUCAUGCCGUGGGCAAGCAGAAGGAGCGCAUCGAGGUCAUGAGAACCUUCUUCCACUGGCGCAUUGGUCACGUCAAGUCCACCCAGGACAUCUAUGAAGGCAAGCUAGCCGACCAGUACUUCCGGAGGAACCUGCUGAAGAAGGCGUGGAGGGGCUGGCGCUCUGUGGUACAGAAAAAGUGGAAAGAUGUGGUGGAGCGAGCGUGCCAGGCAAGAGCUGAGGAAGUGUGUGUCCAGAUCUCCAAUGACUAUGAAGCCAAAAUGGCCAUGUUAACUGGAGCUUUGGAAAAUGCAAAAGCUGAGAUUCUGAGAAUGCAGCAAGAAAAAGAGCACUUUGAAGACUCCAUGAAAAAGGCCUUCAUGCGAGGAGUGUGUGCACUGAACCUGGAAGCAAUGACUAUAUUUCAGAGCAAAGGUGAUACAGGGACGGAUGGCGCUGGAAACAAAAAGGAGGAGUAUGGACCUGGCGCUCCAGGCAAGGAGCACCCUGUCCAGCUGGAGCCCUCAGCCGCGCCCGCGCCCUCCUCUAUGGCACCGCCACCACUGCUGGCCCCAUCAGUGGCCGUGACUGGAGCCACCAGCGUCACUGCCGUCUCCUCUGCUAUGUCCACAGCUUCUGCCGGGGCUGUGUCCAUGUCCUCUGCGCAUGUGCCUGUUUCUGUUCUUGACGCAGGAACCGCUGCCACCACUGCACCAGAAGAGUAUGUGCCGAGAGUCAUCACAUCCGCACAGCAGAAAGCGGGGAGGACCAUCACAGCCCGGGUCACGGGGAGGUGCGACUUUGCCGCCAAGAGCCGAGUCAGCAGCAGCCUGGCCAUCAUGGGCGUGUCUCCGCCCAUGAGCUCCGUGGUCGUGGAGAAGCACCACCCAGUCACAGUGACCAUUCCUCAGGCAACUGCAGCCAAGUACCCACGGACUGUGCCCCCUGAGGGCAGCAGCUCGGCUUCCCGGCUUCUGGGAACCAGACCCACCCACCCUCACACCAUGGGCAGCGUUCAGUCCAUCAAAGUGGUUGACUGAAGUGCCACAUGCCAGGGAGGUGGCCCGUUGCUCUGCCUUCACUAGUCGGCAGCCUCCAAGAUGGAACAUCUCAGCUUCCGGACUAUAAGAGACUUUGAAGCUACACCAUCCUUUGUAAUCUGUACAAAUUAGUUUAAUAUUA